CUCGCCAUUGCGCCGCCGCCGCCGCCCUCCCCCAAACUCCUCGCACGCAUCGAGCUCGCGCGCCGCCGCCGUCGCAGCACCCGGAACGACCGACCGACCUCGGAGGCCGAGGCGACGAUGGGUCACUCCAACGUGUGGAACUCCCACCCCAAGAACUACGGCCCCGGCUCCCGCGUUUGCCGGGUCUGUGGGAACUCUCAUGGUCUGAUCAGGAAGUACGGGCUCAUGUGCUGCAGGCAGUGCUUCCGCAGCAACGCCAAGGAUAUUGGCUUCAUCAAGUACCGUUGAAGACAUUCCGCUGCUACUAUGCCUGAGGUCGUCACCUGCUUAAGAGAAAUGGAUCCCAAUCGAUGAAGGCUUACUUGUGCUGUUAGUUUUUGUUUGGAGUGCUGUUAUAGUAAACUUGUUUGAGUUUUGGUGCGAACCAUGUGGUUGUUAAGCUGACUAUGUAACACUUCAAAUAUUUUGUUAUUCAACUGGUUUACCUGAUCUUACUUACAAUGCUGUCUUGGUGUUAUGGUGUACAAUGUUAUA